AUGCGCUGGGUCCGCGCGCUGCUGAAGAAUGCGUCCCUGGCAGGGGCACCCAAAUACAUCGAGCACUUCAGCAAGUUCUCCCCAUCCCCGCUGUCCAUGAAGCAGUUUCUGGACUUCGGGUCCAGCAAUGCCUGUGAGAAAACGUCGUUCACUUUCCUCAGGCAGGAGCUGCCUGUGCGCCUAGCCAACAUCAUGAAGGAGAUCAACCUGCUUCCUGACCGGGUGCUGAGCACACCCUCGGUGCAGCUGGUACAGAGCUGGUAUGUCCAGAGUCUCCUGGACAUCAUGGAGUUCCUGGACAAGGACCCUGAGGACCAUCGGACCCUGAGCCAGUUCACUGAUGCCCUGGUCACCAUCCGGAACCGCCACAAUGACGUGGUGCCCACAAUGGCUCAGGGCGUGCUGGAGUACAAGGACACCUAUGGCGACGACCCCGUCUCCAACCAGAACAUCCAGUACUUCUUGGACCGCUUCUACCUCAGCCGCAUCUCCAUCCGCAUGCUCAUCAACCAGCACACCCUGCUCUUUGAUGGCAGAACCAACCCUGCCCACCCCAAACACAUCGGCAGCAUCGACCCCAACUGCAACAUCUCUGAGGUGGUGAAGGAUGCCUACGACAUGGCCAAGCUCCUGUGUGACAAGUAUUACAUGGCCUCUCCUGACCUGGAGAUCCAGGAGAUCAAUGCAUGCAACUCCAAACAGCCAAUUCACAUGGUUUAUGUCCCCUCCCACCUCUACCACAUGCUUUUUGAACUCUUCAAGAAUGCCAUGCGAGCAACUGUGGAAAGCCAUGAAUCCAGCCUCACUCUUCCACCUAUCAAGGUCAUGGUGGCCUUGGGCGAGGAAGAUCUUUCCAUCAAAAUGAGUGACCGAGGUGGGGGUGUUCCCUUGAGGAAGAUUGAGCGACUCUUCAGUUACAUGUACUCCACAGCUCCCAUGCCCCAGCCUGGCACCGGGGGAACCCCACUGGCUGGCUUCGGGUAUGGGCUCCCCAUUUCCCGCCUCUAUGCCAAGUACUUCCAGGGGGACCUGCAGCUCUUCUCCAUGGAGGGCUUUGGGACCGAUGCUGUCAUCUAUCUCAAGGCCCUGUCCACGGACUCAGUGGAGCGCCUGCCUGUCUACAACAAGUCAGCCUGGCGCCACUACCAGACCAUCCAGGAGGCCGGCGAUUGGUGUGUGCCCAGCACGGAGCCCAAGAACACGUCCACGUACCGUGUGAGCUAG